UUUCUAACGCUCAUAGUUUCAUUUAAAACGGUAGGUACAUAUUUAAUGCUAAUUUGAUUUUAGAGCAUGACAGAUUAGCCGUUCUCGCAUUAAAUCUUGGCGUAAAUAAUAACUUAUUGCAACUCCUCUAUUUCCAAACGAAUUACACUUUUAUCGAUGUCACAUAAAACUGCGCAACGUGAUAAUUAAUAAGAUUCUGAAAGACAUUGGUUUUUUAGUUAGUGUUGGGCAUCGAAGUAUCUUAUUCUAAGGCCCAGUAAUUAUGUAUCGUCUCCUAUUCAUCUUCUGCCUAUACCUUCUAAUAAAAAAUGCCGAAGGAUCUAAGCUCCAGAUCAAUUUCUAUGACGCAAAUCUUAACUUUACGAUUGAGUUUUAUAAGGCAGUUAUGUAUCAAAAUCCAAAUGUUAAUUUUUUGAUUAGCCCAAUUGCAGCACAACUUUCCCUAGGACUGGCGCAUUUUGGUGCCAAAGGUAACACGGCCGAAGAACUAUCUCCGCAACUGCAGAAAUUCACAAACCAAGACCUGAAACACUUAUAUUCAUCGGUCUCUUCGAGAUUUAAAUCUAAAUCGGGUUAUAAAUUUGACCUUGUGAAUACCUUCUUUAUUUCGAAAAAGUAUCGCAUCAGCAAAGAGUAUCUGGAAUGGGCUAAAAACCCCUUUGGCUCUCUAGUCCAACCUAUAAAUUUUGAGAAAGUUAAAACUACUGUACGUAAUAUAAACACCUGGGUUCGGCAAAAUACUGACCACAAGGUCAACAAUAUACUCACAGCUACUGACAUUGACGAAAAAACGACAGCUUUACUUCUAAAUGCACUGUACUUUCAAGGAUAUUGGUUGCGACAGUUUGAUCCCAAAAAAACACAGAGGAUGUCGUUUUAUAAAAACUGCGAGGAAACUGCUCUUGUAGAUAUGAUGAUCGCAAAGGACACAUUUAACUAUUAUGCCGACGAUGAAUUAGGUGCGCAAUUUUUGGAAAUUCCAUUUAAGGGCCACAGCGUGUCCAUGACGAUUGUAUUGCCCAGAACAAAAUUUGGCCUUCACAACCUUGAAGCGCGCAUUGCCGAUGUCCUCGUCCCGAAGAACUAUGAGGAAGACAUAGUUGAUGUUAUGAUUCCAAAGUUCCGUAUAGGAUACAAACUUAAUAUGAAAUCCACUUUGCUGGCUAUGAACGUGCACACACCUUUUCAAUGUACUGCCGAUUUCAGUGGAAUCAGCACGUCUUCGCCGCCCCUGCACCUGAACGAGGUCAUUCAGAAGACAUAUGUGGAGAUUAACGAAAAAGGAGCAACAAACGCCAAGGCAUUUUCCUACGGAGCCCUCUCUCCCAGAUCAAAAGGCACAAGUUUUGUGGCCAACUAUCCAUUUUUGUACUACUUUAAGCACAAGGUUUCAGGAAUAUUCUUUAUAGGAAGAUAUUUAUUUCCUGAGAAAUAACAAAUGAAAUGUGUAGUAGAAAACUCUAAAUCUUAUACAAUCAUAGACAAUAUAUAUAUUUUAUUUUGCAUCCUUCACAGAAA